AUAAAACGACUGCACAUAUAAAGUGUUACAACACCAUAAAUUCCGAUUUGAUGUGUUCAACAAUAAAGAAAUAUAAAGAGAAUGGAUUUCCUAAAGCAUUUUGAGUUUGAAGCCUAACUAUUGGAAAUGCAUUUCAUCAUAUUUUCAAUUGUGACCAUCGUAUUAACGGUCUGCGUUUGGCAAUCGGAGAGCAAUAGACCAUCAGUAGAAGAAACAACGCUCAUUGAAGCUGGCCUCGCGAAAGUCAUCAACGAGCAUUGGUGUUGGCGAGCAAGAUACUGCCACACUCCUAGUAAGAAGAUUUGCGGUUUGGACAAGAGACGAAAGCAGCGAAGAGUAUUUUACACUACCUGCGAUUUGUAUAAACAUAAUUGUGAACACGGCCAUGAUUUUUCACCGGCUAAAUGGAUACAAUGCGCUAAGAAAGUAUACAAAUGGUAAACGGUAAACAAUAAAUAAAUAAAUAUUCAAUUGUUGUGUAUAAUGUUACAUUUGUUUUGGUAAUGAAUACAUUUCCCAUUAUUUUUGCAUUCGUAUUCGUGGUCGUAUCGAGUAAGAAGAGCGAUGACGACGACGAAUCUGAAUCGUCAUCAGAAGAAGACUACAGACCACAUUACGCAUUAUAUAACUGCGACAAACAGAAGUAUUGUACUAAAGGCGGUGACAAAGUUUGUGCUAUCGACUAUGCAACGAAUGCGACUGUAGAAUUUCCUGACAAAUGCACUUUUUAUGGAGCGAACUGCCAAGGGCUUGGAGACUAUUGGAUUCGUAAAGGUUUUGGUGAUUGCAGACCAACCGUAAAUUUUACUGAGAUAGACGAGCCCCCGGAUUUACACGCCUAUGCGACGAAAUCGAUCUCUUUGUACUAUAAUAGAACUUUUACCAAAAAACCCAGCGCCGGAUAAAACCAGAUUGUUUUCAAUAUGGCGCAGGGCUUGCAUAUACGUUGAAUAUAUCGGGUUUCCUCUUAUGCCAAGUUCUUAGGAUGAUGUAUUUCUUUUAAUAAAACUAUUAUUUGAUCUUUGUCUUUUUCAUUGUUGGUA